AGGUGUGGUAGAAAUGAGGAAGUUUGCGGACUUCUUUGACUUCAGAUCAUUUCCCCCGGAUUAGACACACGCUGUUGUUGAAUUGUCGCAGUCACUAAGCAGUGCGUGCGCACUUGUUUACGCAGAGCGCCUGCGUCUGCACAGAGCGCGCCGUAGAGAGACAUGGAGGAGUGUUUGAACAGGUCGUGCCCGUGUCUCCGUGCACUAUGGGAACGAAUAUUCAAAAGCGAGAAAAAGAAUGAUGGACUCGAGGGGAAAAGCUCUAACGUGGAUGAGCGCAUAGCGGACAGUGAUCUGGAUUUGGAGGAGCGCUAUAAGACUUUACCGUCGGAGGAGAGCUCAGUUUAUGUGGCAUUAUGGGCUUUCGAAGCUCGCGACAAGGAUGAGCUGUCGUUCAAUACCGGUGAUCGGUUCCGCAUCGUCAGGCGCGAGGGGGAUUGGUGGGUCGCCGCUAAACUGGAUGCGAGCGGGCGCGUGCUCGCCACCGGAGUCGUGCCGCACAAUUUCCUGGAGCGCGCAGAAUCGGUUACGUUGCAACCGUGGUUCUUUGGCAAAAUGAACCGGAUUGAUUGCCUCAGUCACCUCCUGACAGGACAAAACAAAGCUGGAGCUUUCCUGGUGCGAGUCAGUGAGACUGACAAUGUGGGCCAUGUUCUCUCAGUUAAGGUAAAAAACAAAGCAAAGCACUUUAAGAUCUAUCAGUCAGAGAAUGAAUUCUACGUGGAAAAAACCUGUAGCUUCGCCAGUAUCCUGGAUCUUGUACAACACUAUCAGAGUCAUCCUCUGGCCUCUGUGGACAAACUGGGAAAACCCUGCGUCAAGAGAAAACCCAAGCAGCAAGACCUGUCUCGCACCACAGUUGACAUGUGGGAACUUCCCAAAGAAGACUUUACUUUAGAGAACAAGCUGGGCAACGGUUACUUUGCUGACGUUUAUCGGGGCAAGUGGAAGAACCAAACACAAGUGGCCAUCAAAAUUCUCAAGAACAACGAUACUUUAAACCAGAAGACAUUUCACAUGGAGGUUGAGGUUUUGAAACAGUUGCGUCACAACCACCUUAUCUCUCUCUUUGCAAUAUGCACUUCCUCCACACCAUAUUACAUCAUCACCGAGUACAUGGAGAAGGGAAACCUGCUGGAUUUACUCCGCAGUCCAGAGGGCAAUGCUUUAGACCUGGAAAUCUUGACUAACAUGGCAUACCAGGUGGCUGAUGGGAUGACUUACCUGGAGGAUCAUAACAGUAUUCACAGAGACCUGGCAGCUCGCAACGUGCUUGUUGGUGAAGGAUACGUGUGCAAGGUGGCUGACUUCGGUUUAGCACGAAUUAUCAAGGAGCCGUUCUACAUGUCUAAUGAUCUAAAAAUCCCAUUCAAAUGGACAGCACUUGAAGCCCUCGAGCUUGGGAUUUUCUCUAAUAAAUCUGAUGUCUGGUCUUUUGGUAUUCUCUUGUAUGAGAUUUAUUCAUAUGGCGCAAUUCCGUAUUCAGGUAUCAAUAAUAAAGGUGUACUUAAAGAGAUCAAAAGUGGCUACAGAUUGCCUGCUCCUCCCAAAUGUCCUUCCUUCAUCUAUGAGAUUAUGCAGUCCUGUUGGAGCGAGCAGCCAGAGGAUCGGCCAGCUUUUAAGUGGCUUAAAUCUGAACUUAAUGAGUGCAUUAACCGGGUCACUUAACUCUAUGAAUCCUGUGUGUAUAUAGUGUACUUUUUUUUUUCAGAGAAAUGUACAGUGUGCGAUAUGUUUUUGACAUUGUAAAGUUGCUAUGUAAAAUUUGUUUAAUCUCUUAUGGAAUAAGACAGUGAACAUAUAAAAUCCCUAAGUAUAUUCAUUUUAUACAGUGUGUUAUUUGUAAUUCUAUUAAGUGUAUUCAUUGUUAUAAAGACGUCAUGUAAUGGUGACAAGUACAUAAAGAUCUGCUGUAAUGAACCUUUAAUGUCAUUUAACAAGCACAAUGCACCAUAAUCACAGUCUGCUUUAAGAUAUGUCAUUAUUGUCAUGCACUGAGAUUGUACAUGAUAACGAGGACAGAUUUUAAUGAAAGCCUAUUUCAUAAGAUUUGUAAUAGCGUAUUUCAUUACAUUAAUUUUUUAAUUAGAAUUGUUGACUAAAAUACAGAUAUUUCCUGCACUGUGACAAGUCUUUGACUCCAAUCUAGCACUCAAUCAGAGCAAAAUCCAUUAAAACCCAGGCUAAAGUCAGUCAUGAAAAGACAAAGCACAUGAUGUAUGUCUUCAUGUAUGUUUCAAUCAGAACAGUCCUUCUGAAACAUUAGCAGUGUUUAUAUAAUACAGCUUUUUAUAAAAGAAAAAAAACUUUUAUUGAAAGGUCAGAUUAUUUCUGUCAGCUCAUCUCAGCUGAUUGAUUAAUCCAGUUUCUGAACUAUGUAGAUGUAUGUGUUAGAACAGGGAAACGCUAGAAUCUGUAGGAAACACUCCAUGAGCAGGAUUGGGAAAAUGUGAUUUCAAAUUCAGGUUAGAAUUUUAUUUGUCAGAUAUACUAGCAUAUAAUGUACAAUAAAACAUGUAGUGAAAUGCUUUUUGACUGGCUGCAUCAUAAAAAAUAAAACCGAUAAGAAUAAAGGAGAAGAAAUAAAAUACAAAAUAAAUAUACUAAGAAGAGAAUUCCAAUAAAAUGACAGUAAAAAUAGGAAUUACACUAUACAGGAAGAAAAGGUAUGGUGGUAGAACAGUGUGACUAUGUGACUAUUUGAAAUAUGUGCAGAUGUGCCCAUGUGAGCAGUUAUGGUACAAAAAGUGUGUAAUAUACUGUAUGUAGUGAAAAUAUAUGCAAUGAAAAUAAUGUCCAGUAGAGGUAGUAAAAGUCCAGAAAAGGUUAAAGAUUUAAGCAAAUGAAGCUUAUGCUUCUUCCAUAGAUACAUUCCGUAGUACAUUCUGCAUUAAGGUGCUUAAUGAAGUCUUUAGUUUGCACUGCAAACAGUCUUUGUGCACUGUUUUAUUACAAUCAUUACUCAUUAUCUUCUGCUCUGUUUACAGUAGGUGUUAAGAUUGUUAUUGCCGAAGGGCUACAGACUACAUUUCCACUAGAGAGGCCGUUGCCAAUUUAAGUUCCUUUAAGCUAUUCCUUGCAUUUCAGACGUACAUUUUUAACAGAUUUCUGCAACAGAAUGAAAACAAUAAAAAUCGACAAUUA